AUGAAGUCUCUCAUCAGCGUUAUGGCCUUACUGGCAGCUGUGGUGGUUGCUCACGGCGACAAGCCACCAAAGAGCAUGUCUACAACUGAAUUUCGCCAGGCUUUUAUUGAAGCCGGUAUCGUUCCUGAUGUGAUGGGAUCGUUCGACCCGAUGGUAUCGUUCUACGCCGGAUACAAGGCCAGUGAUGGUGACAAUGCACUGUUGAUGCCUGGUACCAAGCUCAAGAUGAAGGAAACCAAGUUUCCCUUUGAAUUCAGCGUCGAGAAUAUGAUGAUGGCCCACAACGUCACUCGGACCUCCAGAUUCGUUCUAUACAUGAUCGGGCCCGACUCUCCAACACGCGAAAAGCCUACCGAGCGAAACGUGAGGCACUACCUUGCUGGCAACUUCACGCUUGAGCAGACCAAAUCUGAAGUGCUGUCAUCGGCGAUGAUUAUGAAAAACUCCACUCCCGCAUUCAACGACUACAUGGCGCCUGAGCCCAAGUCUGGAAGUGGCAUGCAUCGAUAUGUGUAUCUUCUCUAUGUUCAACCUGAGAAGCUGAACAAGAUGGGCUUCGACGCCAUCGGCGUCGAUAAGAUGAACCGCAGGAACUUCAAUAUCUCCGAGUUCCGCAAAGAAGCUGGUCUAGGUCGACCCAUUGGUGGAACCUAUUUCAUGUUGAAUAUGGCUCAGGACAACGGAGGUGGCGGAGGUCAGGGGGGCGGAAGCAGUGGAGGUAACAACGGUGGAAAUAACGGCGGCAAUAACAAUGGUAACGGACGCAGUGCAGCCACCGUUGUAACUGCGGGUUCCGUGGUAAUGUUUAUUACGCUGCUGGCGUCAAUGUUUGCCUGGAUGUAG